AUGGACAACAUGAUGCCACGACUUCCUAGAUACUACUAUAAAAUUCUAGCCGCACUUUUUGUAAUUUCCCUGUUUGCAUUCAAAUUUUAUUCACUUAAUCAUCACAUUAAUAAUCUGGAUAAGACAAAAACACUACCCGGUAAAGUAGAUGCCUACCAGUUUACUCAUACAUUCGUUCAUUCCGCGUAUUACUAUCCGAGUUCCAAGUCACUUGGUGACAAUGCGGUAGCCCUGGUCACCACAAUGAAUAAAAGAACCGUCUGGAAGAUUACCGAUUACAAAAUAAAUCUGAUUGGAACAAACCAAUCAACUUCAGUAACAAGACAGGCAUCGGUUACAACAGAGCACCGGCUAUUUGAGAGAUGCGACUAUCUACUUAUUAUGGCUCAAUCAAACUUGUUGGAUAACAUGGAUAAACUGGAGAUCGAGGCGGAAGGAGUUGUAGUGGAGAUCCCUAUCAAAAAACCUAUUUAUAUCGCCCCAAAACCUGUUGUCUUCUGUGUCUCCCCACAGUUUGCCGCUGAGCAAUGGCAAACUUUUUUGGUGCAAGUUCACGUCUCUAAAAAGUAUGGCGCUCACCUCCACCUCUACAUAGUGUCCAUGGUGGAGUCCUACUUCAACUUGAUCCGAGAAUACGAAAAGUUGGGAUUAGUCUCCAUAGAGCCGUGGCUCACUAUCAAGUUCCCUGUGACAGACGGCCCAUAUCUGGAGCCAAAUCGAAAUGUGGAGCUCCGAAAUCAGGCGGCGGCUCACACGGAUUGUCUUCUAAUGUACAAGGAGUCUGCGAGUUUUGUGGGGAUUCUGGAUAUGGAUGAUAUUCUUAUCCCGUAUAAUGCCAAUUCUUAUUACGAAGAGUUCGAGAGAGAAUAUGCAGGAGACUGGCUGAUAAGUGCACUUCACUAUGACAAGUAUGACUACAAAACUAUAAAAAUGGCGGAUUUAAACUCUCAAAGUUUAUCCGCUAUAGUUAAAAACGCUGAGCGUCUGAAUACUAAGGACACUGGGAAGUCAUUUUUACGACCUGAAAGAUUCAAUUCGACAUGGAGCCAUUGGUCGAGGGCGGCUGAGAAACAACCAAUUUAUUUUGAUGAACAUGGACAGAAACUUGAGAAACCAUUGUUUAGAAAAUUAAAAACUAUUGGAACCAAUGGGAUGUUUCAUUUAAAAAAUAUGAAUCUGAGAAGUCUGGAGGACUUGAAAGGCUCAAAGAUCCCUCUGAACCCAACGGAUAAUGCUACUCAAGUUAUUAGUGAGACGGACUUAGCAGAUAUCGACGAAGAUAUGAAAAGAAUGCUAUCCCUCCCACAAAUCUCUCAAUUCGCCACUUACCUUCCCAGAGAAGAAUUCUACAUGCCGAUCAUUUUCAACUGCUAUAACCAAUCCUUCUAUCACAUCAGGGACAUGAAUCAAAUGCGUCCGGAUAUUCUAUGUGUGAACGCUUAUAGUUGUGAUCUACCACAACGAGAGGAUAUGCCAUGUGUACAUUCGGAUGCUAACUAUCACUCGGGUCCCGCAAUGUGGCCGAUUACUUAUCAUUUUGCGACAGAAUCUUACUUUUCGAGAGAUAUAGGGUGUUAUCAAUAA